AUGUUCUUUGAUGAGCAACGUAAAUAUAAAGAAGCAAGUGAUGUGAUUUCCAAUGAGAUUUUUGUUAACGCACUUUGUUCAUCUGGUAAAGUUGCUGUGAUGGUUUCAGAAGAAGACGAACAAGCAAUUAUUGUUGAGAAAGGAUUACGUGGAAAAUAUUGUGUUGCCUUUGAUCCACUUGAUGGAUCUUCUAAUAUUGAUGCUGGUGUAAACGUUGUUACAAUUUUUGGUAUUUAUGAACAUGAAGGAUCUACUGGAAGUAUUUCAGAUGUUCUUAGACCAGGCGAUUGGAGAAUUUAUCCUAAUAUCAAAAUUCCAUCUUGUGGAAAGAUAUAUUCAGUAAAUGAGGAAAUGAAAAAUAUUGGUAUGAACCAUGUAAGAAAUAUUUCAAUUCGCUCAAAUAUCAAAUAUCCACCAGAAGGUAAAAGUCUUUAUUCAGCUUGUUACAUCGGUUCAAUGGUUGCUGAUGUUUAUUGUAUACUGUUAUAUGGUGGAAUUUUUGCAUACCCAGCUGACAAAAAAUCAAAAAAUGCUGGCGGAAAAGCUAUAAAUAGCAAAAAACGAGCGCUUGAUCUUGUACCGGAAUCUAUUCAUUCCAGGUGUCCUAUUUUCUUGGGCAGUAAAGAUGAUAUUGAAGAUAUAGAAAAGUUUUAUGCCGAUUUCAAUGGUAAUUACUAA